AUGCUGCAGUGUCUCCGUGGGAAGACUCUCCCCCUAACCGUGCAGUUAUUGAAGAUCUCCCCGGUAUGCAGACGAUGUUUCUUCUCUCCAGUGGCGGUCAGACUCUACCACAGGCCUCCAACCUCCAGGCCGGUCCCGAUGUUGACUCUCUCUGCCUUCAAUCUCAGCGGGAGGCUCGGCCUUCACACAUCCAGCCAGAGGGACAGGGAAGUCAGGGAAAGCGUUCUCAUCACCACCGUGCAGCGUCACUGGCAAGAAAUGAAGAAGACCCCAAAACCGGCGUUCGUUCUGGGGGUCGCCGGGGCCGUGCCCUUCGUGGCCCCGCCCCUCGCCAUGUGCUUCAUGCACGUCUACUACCCGGGACUGGCCACAGCACAGGUCCUCUACGGGGCAUGCAUCCUCUCCUUCCUCGGGGGGGUUCGCUGGGGUUACACCCUGCCGGACGCCGGCCCCCACCGGCCCAACUGGGCUAACCUGGUGACCGGCGCCGUGAUCCCGUCCAUGGCGUUCAUGAGCCUGCUGCUGAUGGAUAGUAUACACACGGCCGUGAUGGGGCUGGGGAUGGGAUUCGGCAUCGCUAUGGCGGUGGACGUUCUGGGGGCGAAGGAUCUAGACUUGGCCCCUUUAGGGCCCCUCUGGUAUAAGUGGCUGAGAAGUCUGCUAACGGUCAUUGUUCUGGCGUCCUUAUUGACCACGCUGAGAUGUGCGAGCCGCUAUCCCGAAACGCGGCCAAUCAGAACGCAGCAACGAAAAAACUGGAGAUGA